AUGCCCACACCAUCCCAUCCCCAUGCCCACACCACCCUUGUCCCCUCGCCGUCCCCACACCAACCACGUCCCCGCGCCACCCCCGCGCCCUCUAGCCCCUCCGCGUCCGCCCCGCCACCCCCAGACCCACGCGUCCCCUUCUCCCCUCAGAGCAUCCUGAAGCUGCUGGUGUCGGGAUCGGGGGGGUCGCGGACGGGGGGGCUGAUCCCCAUCCCGCAGUACCCCCUCUACUCGGCGGCCAUCGCCGAGCUCAGCGCCGUGCAGCUCAACUACUACCUGGACGAGGAGCGGUGCUGGGCGCUGGACGUGGCCGAGCUGCGGCGGGCGCUGGCUGAGGGACGCCAGCGCUGCUGUCCCCGCGUCCUCUGCGUCAUCAACCCUGGGAACCCCACCGGACAGGUACAGAGCCGGCAGUGCAUCGAGGACGUCAUCAAGUUCGCCUUCGAGGAGAAGCUCUUCCUCAUGGCUGACGAGGUGUACCAGGACAACGUCUACGCCGAGGGCUCAGCUUUCCACUCCUUCAAGAAGGUGCUGUUCGAGAUGGGGCCACCCUACUCCGAGGUGGUGGAGCUGGCCUCCUUCCACUCCAUCUCCAAGGGCUUCAUGGGCGAGUGCGGGUUCCGCAGCGGGUACGUGGAGGUGGUGAACAUGGACCCCGAGGUGCAGCAGCAGUUGGCCAAGCUGGUGUCUGUGCGGCUGUGCCCACCCGUGCCCGGGCAGAUCGUCCUGGAUGCCGUCGUUGACCCACCGCAGCCUGGGGAUCCUUCAUAUGAGCUCUUCAUCACUGGGAGGAUGACCAUCUUGCCACCCACCGAGAAGCUGCAGGUCCUGCUGGAGAAGCUCAGCAGCUUCUAUGCCAAGUUCGUCAAGGAGUACUCCUAA